UUAGAAGAAUACAGAGAUAAUAUAUUAUAUUCGUGGUUUUGCUCAUAAAACAGAUGGAGCUUUGCUUCUCACCUAAACCCGGCUUAGUAAUAUCCAAAACGACAGCGCAUUGGCACUGAAGGGUUUAAAAAGAAAGCGGGGUUAGAUAAUUAAAAAGCGAGCAGAUUUGUGGAUUCAAAAACUUGAAUUUCACACUGAACAAAGCCACAGUUGGAGCUUAGCUAUCUCAAAAUGGAUAUGCCUAAGGACCAAAUCACCACUCUUCUUGAUCAUGGCCUAUUCGACUCUGCUCAAAUGCUCGGUUGUUUUCUCGUUUCAUCAUCGGCUGUUAAUGGCGAAACCAGUCCACAACUCAAGGCGGAAAAUCUAAUUCUUCUCGGUGAUGCGCUGUUUCGCGCUAGAGAGUUUCGCAGAGCAAUUCAUAUAUACAAGCAAGCCUUGCAAUAUUACAAGAUUGUUCCCAAACAAAACUCAACAAGUUCUAGAAGUUCUUUGUCCUCAUCAAACAGAUCUCCUUCUCCAAACUCUUUUAGCAUUUCAGCAAUUAAUGAAAAUGAGGUGAAGUACAAGAUUGCAUCUUGUCAUUUUGCUCUAAGUGAGACUAAAGCGGCCCUUGUUGAGAUGGAGGGAAUCCCUAGCAAAGCAAGAAAUUUGCAGAUGAGUCUAUUAAUGGCAAAGCUUUAUCGGAAUUCUAGACAUAACCGUGGCGCUGUGACUUGUUAUAAAGAGUGUUUAAGGCAUUCUCCUUAUGUCCUUGAGGCAAUCACUGCUUUGGCGGAAUUAGGAGCUACUGCAAAGGAUAUUAUUUCAUUGUUUGCUCAGACUCCAAAUAGAAGUGCGAAACCCCCAUUUGAUCACAUUGACUCAAGCCGUUGGCUGCAACGUUAUGUUGAAGCCCAGUGUUGCAUUGCAUCUAAUGACUACAAAGGUGGUUUGGAACUCUUUGUUGAGCUUUUACAACGUUUUCCUAAUAAUACACACUUAUUACUUGAAAUUGCAAAGGUUGAAGCCAUUAUCGGAAAGAACGAUGAGGCCAUAAUACAUUUUGAAAAGGUUCGAUCAAUUGAUCCUUAUAUUGUAACGUACAUGGAUGAGUAUGCAAUGCUUCUAAAGGUGAAGUGUGAUUAUGCAAAACUAAGCAAAUUAGUGCAUGAUUUGCUGACUAUUGACCCUUCAAGGCCAGAAGUUUUUGUGGCCUUGUCUGUGCUAUGGGAAAGGAAAGAUGAGAGAGGAGCACUAUCUUAUGCUGAGAAGAGCAUCCGAAUUGAUGAGAGGCACAUACCAGGUUAUAUAAUGAAGGGUAAUCUGCUCUUAUCUAUGAAGCGACCAGAAGCAGCUGUGAUUGCCUUCAGAGGAGCUCAAGAAUUGAGACCUGAUCUCCGCUCAUAUCAAGGUUUGGUCCAUUCUUAUUUGGCAUUCUCGAAAGUCAAGGAGGCUCUAUAUGCUGCCAGGGAGGCAAUGAAGGCAAUGCCUCAGUCUGCAAAGGCUUUAAAAUUAGUUGGGGAUGUACAUGCAAGUAAUGCUAGUGGCAGAGAGAAGGCAAAAAAAUUCUAUGAAUCCGCACUCAGACUGGAACCUGGUUACCUGGGAGCUGCCUUAGCUUUGGCUGAGCUCCAUGUCAUUGAGGGUCGAAAUGGAGAUGCCGUAUCUCUGCUUGAGAGAUAUCUCAAAGAUUGGGCUGAUGACUCCCUUCAUGUCAAGCUGGCUCAAGUAUUUGCAGCCACAAAUAUGCUGCAAGAGGCUUUGUCACAUUAUGAGGCUGCUUUGAGAAUAAACCCACAGAAUGAAGCUGCCAAAAAAGGGUUAGAGCGCUUGGAAAAGCAGAUGAAGGGAGUGGAUCCUGAUGCUCCUGAAGAAGAUGAAGAGAAUGAGGUUGAGGAUGCUGAUGGAGAUCAGGAGGAGCCUGAACUUUUGUGAAGUUGAACUAAGAGAAGCCUGAGAGAAGUUUCUACGAUACGGAGAUUUACACUUUUUUGGAGUAAAAUGCCAUGCCGUGCUAACCUCACCCGAGAGCAAACUGUCAACCAGGUAUCAAUCACAUUAUUUAACUUAAAAUGUCCAAAAUGAGGGGGGAAUUGGUUGGAAAUUCAUUACAUAUAUAAGAUUUAUUGAAGGACUGAGUAAUGCUUCGCCAAGGUGAAAUGAAAAGGCUGGUUUUGAUCAUUUCAACUAAAAGGGUUGCUAUAGCAUAGUGUAGAUGUAUUCAAUGCUCUAAUACUUUGUUGUAUUGUGUAUUUUGUACUGUGAUAUACUAUACUGUAUAUUGAAAUUGAUGAGCUGACAUGGCAUUGUUGA